AUGUUGACUUGUUGAGUAACUUGGAUUUUAUACACUUCUAUCAUCACAAGAAAAAAAUAUACACCGUACGAACUACUGAAAGCAAGUCCAAUUGAAUUUUUAUUAAGGUAGUCGGAGCACUUGUAGCCUGAUCAAUCGACCAUGGACCGCGUGCAGAUGGAAGAAGCAUUGAUGGUCUUAAAUAAGGGUCUUUCUCAAAUCAAAUGGCGCCUUAAAUCUUCAUCAAAGCUUCGUCUUGAGAUUGAUGUUUUGGCAUUGUGUUCAGGAAUGAGGCCUCUUGUGAUGGUUGACUAUGGUGGGAAAAUGCCUGAGCUGCAAGAGCAUUUGUGCUCUCUUAUUGACCUUAUUCACAAGGAGUCUACUAUUUUCCAGCAGUUAAGAGUAAUGGUUAUUGAAGAUAUGAUCUACCUGUUAAAUGUCAGGGAAUUUGCUGAAUUUGUUACCUGGAGCUUAAGCUUGGAUGCGAAACAGUAUUUUGUGGAUCUUGAGCAGGAUCCUCCUAAGAUGAUUUCAACAGCUGUUGGGAGCUCAGCUAUCAAGGAGUUGGUAUCUGUUCAAAAUCUGUUUUCAUCGGUAUUUACUUCUGAUGGUGUUAAUUGUGAUGCUUUGCCAGGACAAAGUAAAGACCACCAAAGCUAUGCUAAAUCUUCUUCUAAUCUUUGCCAAUCCUUGAAAGUUCUUGAUUUCAGUAGCUGCAUGCAAGACUAUCAAAUCACAAUACCGACUCUAAACGGAUGGCUUCUUGGAUAUCCAGUGGUGUACCUGUUUGACAAGGACCAUAUUUCAGAUGCUAUCUAUAAUCUCUCAACCAAGCCUCUUCGCCUUUACAAAGUUCUAGUCCACAGAAAUGCCUCGUGUAGCAAUACCUUACCAACAGAGGAGCUAAUGAGUUUUUCAGUGCCGUACGACUUGAGCAUGGAAGGUCGCAACGAAACGUGGGCGGAAGCGUUUUGGGUUCAGGUGCAAGCGAAACAUGAAAAAUGUAAACAAGUUUGGAGGUCCUUGCAUAUGGAGGUCAGUGAAUGCUAUCCACAAGCAAUUGCAUUGUAGUAGCUGGUAUCACCUUAUCGUGGUAGUUAAAAGCCCAAUGGUUAAAAUGUGAUGCCUAUUGUAAAAUGUAAUUCCAAUAUUCUUUUUGGAAAAUAAAUUGCAAAAUUUAUUUUGUUGUACUCCAUUUUGGUUUUAGAGCAUUUUUAAAUGAAUGUUAAGUGUCCAUCUUGAACUUUGGGGGUAAAACCGUAAAAUUACACCUUUUGCUCCCCUUAUUGGCACACGAGGAAGAAUGUGAGUGGGUGUAAAAUUUCACCCUGGUGGCCGACUGGCUGGUGUAGGAUGGAAUUAGUGAAAUGUGCCUGAAAUCAUCAUCAAUUUUGGUUAAAACUGAAUGUGACUACAUAGUAGUUGAUAGACAGCAAUUGACCUUUUUUUCUCCUUUCAAUGAGUUUGAAGAUUCUCAACACACACGUAGAGAUUACUCCAUAGUAGGGAAACCGAUUUUGACACAUGUGUGAUUGAU